UCCCAACGAUAUUAAACAUGUUUAAUAUGAUCAUUACUGAGUAUUUUAACAUGUUGGCAUUUCCCAAUUGCAGUUGAAGCUGUCUUUCACUCUUGACAAGGAGUCUGGGAUGCCUCAGGGCUGUUACGUCUAUCAAUAUCGGGACAGUAACAAAUUGGUGGAAGAGUUUAUGUUGCUGGCGAACAUGGCGGUGGCCCAUCAGAUCUACCGCUCGUACCCCGAACUGGCCCUCCUCCGGAGACACCCGCCGCCUCAGAGCAAGAUGGUGAAUGACCUGCAGGAGUUCUGCGACCAGAUGGGCAUCGACAUCGACUUCUCCUCAUCUGGAGAUCUGCACCGGAGUCUGAAUGAAAACCUCGGUCAUGAUGAGUACGCCGGAGCCAGGAAGGAAGUUCUCACUCAUAUGUGCUCCAGGCCAAUGCAGAUGGCGGUGUAUUUCUGUUCUGGGGCACUGAGAGAUGAGAAGCUCUUUCGGCACUACGCUCUGAACGUGCCUCUAUACACGCACUUUACUUCCCCUAUACGACGCUACGCUGAUGUCAUAGUGCACCGUCUACUGGCCGCCUCUCUCAAUUGCGGGCCGCGUUUGGGUCUCGGAGGGGAGGACGUUCACAAACAAGCGUCCCUCUGCAAUGAUAGGAAGACCGCUUCAAAGAGAGUUCAAGAGCUGAGCUCUGAGCUGUUCUUUGGGGUCUUUGUGAAGGAGUGUGGACCGCUGGACUCUGAAGCUAUGGUCAUGGGAGUUCUGGAUCAGUCUUUUGAUGUGCUUGUGCUUCGCUAUGGAGUGCAGAAACGAAUCUACUGUAAUUCAUUAGAGGGACUGAAGACGUUCCACUUCCAUAAAGUUGGGAAGAAACCCGAGAUGAUGCUUGUUUGGGAAUCAGAUGACCCAAGGAAGGACUUCAUACAGCAGAUCAUCUCCAUCUUCACUCUUGUGAAUGUUCAGCUGAAGGCAGAUGGAGCUCCAAUGAAAUACAGCGCUGUGCUGAAGAGACCUUCAGACAACCCUUGUUCAUAAACAUUCAUUCAUAUGAAUUAGCUCUAACACUUUUAUUUCCGCAGGUUUCAAUAAUUUCGUAACCAGAAGAGACCUAUGGUGAUUCAGGUUGCUCUUCGAUUUAUUAUGAAAGCACAUGUCUUUUCCAUUUUAAAAGAUUCAUAUCUGAUUUUUAAUUUUGCUUACAAAUUUUAAGUUUUUAUUUGAGUUGUAAAUGUUGCAUGUGCCUUUUUUUGUGGGAAAUUUAGCUUUAGCCUCAGGAAGUGUAAAAGGAAGUUUUCGUUUUCAGGGACGCUGCCAAAUAAUUUAAUCUUGCUUCCAGUCAUUUCUCCUUUUGGAUGAAUCUUAGUUGUAAUUUUAUUUCGAUCCUGUCAGCAUGAUGUGCUUUUUAUGGGGUAUUAUUUUUGUUUUGAUAUAAAAAUGCUAUUAUGUAGCCUUUGCAUGAAGGAUGAUCACUUCACAAACGGUGUUUUGUCAACUUCAGAAGUUGCAAAUAUGUUAAUGAUUAUAUUGUUUUCCCAAUGGGAAGCAUUGAUCCCUUAACGAAGAGGCUAUUUUAAUAAGUGAUUUUAUAUAAUUAUUGUGGCUCGGCUGUGUAGUUGCAUGGUUACAUGGCAAGUACCAUUAAUUUUAUUUUUUUAAUGUUUUGUUUAACAUGAGCUUUAAAAUCUUAUGUUGUUUACGUUUUUUUUAUUGUUUUUGUUCUUAAAAACACUUCAGGGGACAGAAGAGCUGUGGCUAUAUAAAGGCAUUUCACAAAUUCAGCUUGCACACUGUUUGACAAAUAAUAUCAACUAGUUAAAGUUAUUUGAUAAAAACAGUUUUAAUGUGUAAUUUAUCUAAUUUUUAGGCAUUUAAUUUAAUGCUAAAUCUUCUGGUUAGAUUUUUUUGCACAUGGAAUCUAAUAUUAACUUGUAAUCUCUUAAUACAGUUAAUAUAAUAUUAGUGUUGUUGCCAAUGAUUGGACCACGUUGGAUACAGCAACUAAAUACUCCUUGAUCUAACUGUGUUCUUAUUUAUUUAGCCAUUUUCUUAUCUCCUGUAUGCUGUCAAAUUUCAGACUUGGGGCCGAUUACAGGAGUUAAAGCAAAGCAUUGUCAGUUGGAUUUAAAAAGGCCAUAGUAAGACAGCAGCUGUAUAUGAUGUUACAUUCAUUUUUUCAGUAAGCUGUCAUGCUCCAGUAUUAAUGUAUAUCUGAGCUGCAUAUAAAGGCUUGUGAUGUUGUCACUUCUGUAGGUGUCAAACUUGAUAUAAGUGCAUAUUUAUUGGUCGAAACUGCAGUCCUAAAUUACAUGUAUUGUGAGUAAAUCCAUUGAUGUUUGGCUAAUAAUUAAUUCAAUAUGUGAUGCAGACUGCAAAACUAAUAAAAAAAAUCAACUACACCACAACAAAGUUUCUUUGUAUAGUGUAAGAUGUCUAUAUUUAAGUAUAUAUUUAACUUGUAUAUUUGUAGGUUUACAAUUUUUUUUGCAUUUUUAACAUGCUUGUCUGUUAUGUUGAGUUGUUGUAAUGCAACAAUGUGGUAUAAUAACCCAGCACUUCAGUCAAUUUUAACCCAGCAAUGUGGUCUGUCCAAUAUUUAUCCAUUAUAGGUCAUAAAUAACCCAGCCAUUUUUACAGUGUACUUCGUAAUACAAGUAAUAUAAUAGUAAUAUUGAAAUUAUUCUUUGUAUUUUAGAUUUUAGUUCAUUUAAAUAUAUCUCAUAAUUAAAUGUUUAUAUAAGUGUUGUCUUUAUAUAAACAAAUAUUAUUCAUACCAUUCAUAAUUCAUUCUGUAUUCAAGACUAAGAUUAUAACUGGAUAUCCUGGAUAUGUCAAAAUAAAAAAUAAUAUUUGGUCAUCAUGCAA